AUGGCCACCGACGUCGAGCCGCAUCAGCUUAGCGGUGCCGUCCAUGAUGUUCUUGCGGCGAAAGAAACACUUGCAAGCGAGUAUGUCGAGGCGCAUGGUGUUGCCCUCCGGAACUUAUAUGGGCUACUGAAACGCAAGCGUGAGAGUGGACACGACUUCCCCAGUGUAGACAUGGAAGACGAAGAGCUCGAGCCCGGAGCCAAGGAGGCGUUUGACGGUUGGAAGGACGAGUAUCGCCUCGAAGCCGGUCCGUCAAGGAUAGCAAAGCUCUCGCUGCCGCCCAUCCCACCUCCUUCACCACCGGCAACUGCUAUUGACUUUCCCGACGAGCCCAGAGUCGAGGCCGCACAAGUGCCGCACGUCUCUGUGGAGGCGGCCGCAGCUGCCCCGGCCACGAGAGCCUCGAGCAGGUCAAGCUCGCGUGUGGGGACACCCGCCGCUGCGUCGCCGCGUACCACUCGCUCCUCUCGCCCCACGUCUCCGGUGCGAACGUUGAAACCGCCCCCAUCAACAGUCAACUUGAGCGACGUGCUGCCCCCACGUUCUCCUAUCAUUCUGAACGGCGACAUCGACGUUCAGCCAUGGGAGCCGGUGGACAACUACAACCCAGCCGCAUCCCCGCCCCCUUCCCAGGCGUUCAAGGUGCUCAUGCCCCUCGAGACCGACUAUGCCUCUUCCAAGGUGCCCCGCCUCCCUGCCGUCCCUGCCACUGCACACCGGCACCGGCGAGGAAGCAAGGGCGACCAGGGCAAAGUGGACACAUUCAAGCUCAGCCUCAUGUACAACCUCAACCCGCUGUCGGGCGGAAUCUCCAAGAGCUCCAAGUGUGUGCUCACAUCCGACUGGCGCGUGGCACAAGCAGAGCUGCGACAUGUCCGCGCCAUGGAGCGAAUCGAGGCCAAGAAGGCCGCCGGGAGGUGGUCCUUGCGUCAGCCCAAGAAGCACCGCGGUCCACCAAUGCCCAAGGGUCACUGGGACUGGCUCCUGGACGAGAUGGAGUGGAUGCAGACCGACUUCUCCGAGGAGAGGCGAUGGAAGCGCGUCAUUGCCCGCGAACUGGCGUACCAGAUUGUCGAGUGGCACCUCGCGUCCGUCGACGAAAAGGCGGACCGCAUGGUCGGCGGCCGCGGAUGGGGUGCGAGCAAGGACAUUGCCGUCCCCGGCAAGGUUGACAGCGGCAACGCCGAGGGGUCUGCCGAGGAGGAUGUCGAGAUGCUCGUCGGCCAAGGCGGCGACGAAGACGACGACAUCGACCUGCCCGAACGUCCCGAACCUAGCGGCGCCCAAGUUCUCGACGAGAUCCAGACCAGAGAGGACGACGACAACACCGAGGUCAAAAUGGAAGCGGUGGAGGAGGACGACGCCGACGGAGAAGCAGAUGCCGAUGGGGAGGCGGACGCAGAGGGCGAGGAAGCAGAUGCAGAGGGAGAAGAGGCAGACGCGGAUGGUGAGGCCGAUGCCGAUGGCGAGAUGGAUGCCGAGGGAGAAGAGGAUGGAGUUGGGCUCGACGACAUCGAUGCGGCUGGCGAAGCAGCAGGUAGCCAGGGCAAAGACGGAGACGAGGACAAGCAGGAACGGGACGGGACUGUCCUGCCCAACGGCCUGGUUCUGAGCAAGAGGUUUGCCAAUGUCGAGGAACUGGCAGUUGCGCGUCGACCACUGCUCUACAUGCCUGCGGAGGCGCCGACUGCCGACCUCAGCUCUCUGCCGCUCCCCAAGCCAAAGUCGACUUCUCCUGCGACCCAGGACAAGGAGGGGUCGCCAUCUGAACAGCCCCCACCUACUCUCCAGGAGCUCUUCCCCGAUCUGGCAGUGUACAGCGGUCCCAAUCCUCCAGACGAUACCAAGGUCCACCGCCGUAUGGACGAGGGCAUGACCUCGGGCAACCGCAUGGCGCAUACGUCUCGUAUCCUCGAUUUCCGCCCCGUCUUUGUCUCCCACCUCCAGCCCGCGCGUAACCACUUUGACACUGAUGGCGACUGGGACCUGCGCGAAGGACUGUGGUACGAGGACCCCAAGGGUUCUACCGACCUGCCUCCCGAGGUGGUCGCCUCACUAUCGACGUUCUUCUCUGGCCGUGGCGUCCGCCCGCUCAACCUGCAACCGUACAACCCGCAGAUCAAGCCUGAUAAUAACCGCCCCGAGCCUGCAUGGACACCUGAAGAGGACAAGAUCCUCCUUCGCCUUGUCACCACGUUCCCGUACAAUUGGCAGCUCAUUGCCGACGCGUUCAACAGCGAGCGUGUGACCAUUCCCUCGGACCGUCGGAGCGCAUACGACUGCUACGAACGUUGGAACACGACCUGGGGACCAGGCAAGAAUGUGCCAAAGUCACAGGCAGACACCCCAACAGCGGCUCCCACCGGUGCUGCCACUGGCACACCAGCCGCUGGCACCCCUUCGCGUGCUGGGGUCAGCACACCAACUGCCAUCGUCGCUCCCAGCGUGCCUGGUGCUGCUCCUCCCCCCGUCCCUGGACAGGUCAUGGAGCCCCCUCCCCCUCCUGGUCUGUCCAAGCGUGAGGCCAAGGCUGCCAAGCAGCAGCGCUACGAUGGUUCGACCAAGAAGGCCAUCCGCCACCAGGCGCUGUAUGAUGCCAUCCGCCGUCUCUCGCGCCGCAGGGAUAACAAGGCCAAGGAGAGCUUGAAGGACAUGGAGCCAAAGGAGAUUACAGUGCACGAGUCGCACUCGACGAUUGCCAACCCCAACGGCCAGCCUCCGACACCGUUCGAGCUCGUCGAGGCAAAGUACCAGCGCGACCUGCGGAUCCACGAGGCUCAGCAGCAACGCCGUCUCCUCCAAGAGCAGCACCGCCAACAGCAGCAGCAGGCUUUGCGACAGCAGCAGGCCAUGCUCAAUGCCGGCGGCGGAGCUGUGCGUCCUCCUGCUCAGCCCCAGGGCCCGGCCCAACCACAGCAACCACAGCAGCAGCCUGCUCCAGCUACUCCCUCGGCGGCCGGCACACCCACCCAGGCUGCUGCCCCGACACCGCAGCGUUUGGGUCCCAACGGCCAGCCGAUCAACAUGGCACCUAGUCAGCAGCAGAUUCUCAACGCUGUCGCCGCUGCUACCGCCGUCAAUGGUCGCGCUGCCGGUCUGAACGGCAACGCCCCCGUACUCGCCAACGGCGCCCGGCCUCCCGCCCCGGCUGGCCAGGUGCAAGUAACCCAGCAACAGCAGCAGCUCCAGUUGUUGCAAGCCCAGCAACAGGCUGCUGUUCAAGCUCAGCGUCAGCAACAAGCUGCCCAUGCGCAGGCGCAAGCACAAGCUGCUGCUCAGGCCCAAGCCCAAGCCCAAGCCCAAGCCCAAGCCCAAGCCCAACAGGCUCAAGCUCAGGCCCAGGCCCAGGCUCAGGCUCAGGCCCAGGCUGCUGCCCAGGCGCGCGCCGCCAGUCUCACUGGUACCCCGCACUCGCAGCCCGGUACGUUGGCGUCCCCGUACGCGUCUGCAGGCGAGAUUCCCAACGGCGACGUCACGCAAAUGUCCUCCCCCGCCCAACAGCACCACGCAGGCAUCCAGUCGUCGCCACAGCAGCAACAGCAGGCUCUUCAGGCCGCCCAGGCCGCUCAAGCUGCCCAGGCUGCCCAGGCCCAGGCCCAAAUGCAGGCCAUGCAGGCUGCGCAAGUUCAGGCCCAAGCCCAAGCCCAAGCCCAACGUGUUGCGGGUAUGGGCAUGCAACAGCACAUGCGCCCGCCCGCCGCCGGCAGUCCGCAGAUGCAGGCUGGGUCCAUCGCCAACACCCCCAUGACGCCACAGCAGCAAGCACAGUUCCAGCAGAUCAUCGCGACGCUCACGGCCUCGGGUCAACAGGCUACGCCGGAGACGAUCCGCGCCGUCCACAUGCAACUCAUGCGGAACGCGCAGGUCCAGCAAGCCCAACAAGCCCAGGCUCAAGCCCAGGCUCAGGCUCAAGCUCAGGCUCAGGCGCAGGCGCAGGCUCAAGCCCAAGCUCAAGCCCAAGCCCAAGCACAGGCGCAGGCUCAGGCCCAGGCAGUUGCUGUCGCGCAGAUGCAGGCCCAGCAGAGCCAGAUGGGCCAGGUGCCCGUGGUGGGUACGCCGCAGAUGGUGGGCACGCCUCAGAUGGUGGGGACACCGCAGAUGGUGGGCACGCCGCAAAUGGUCGGCACGCCUCAGAUGUCCAUGCAGACCCUCCAGGCACAAUUUGUGCGUAGCCCGAGCGUGCACUCGCAAGGUGUUAGGUCGAGCCCAAAGCCGCCGAGCGGAUAG